AUUUCUGUUAAUUGCAUGGGCAUGUUAUAUGCAAAGUUUUGUGUGAGGCUACAUGUUUGAUCUUCUGCGAAUAGAAUACCACAUGAGGGCCCUGUGGGAUACACUCCGCGAACAACAAAGGGAUUACAGUGGAAUCAAAGAAGGAUCAAAGACGAUUCUACAAUGUCAGGGUUGCUGAUGUUGCCGGCUACAUCACUUUCAAUUCAGCACUGCCCUCCCUUCUUAGCUUAUUCAUAAGGAGUCACUGUCGUCGUGCCGAUCGAUUGGCUGCAAUGAUAAUGAAUCACUUCCUUUGGCUGCUUCCACUGGUCUUUCCGCACCUGAGCUCUCCAGUCGUAUUGCUAGAGAGGAGUGAUGGAAAUCUCUUUCACUGGAACCAUCCGAUGAAAGGAGAUAAAUUGGUGCUGCACAGAUCCAAAAGGGACUGGAUGUGGAGGCAGUUCUUCCUGUCGGAGGAAUAUACAGGAAGUAACUAUCAGUACGUCGGCAAGCUUCGUUCAGACAAAGACAGAGGGGAUGGAACUGCCAGAUACGUUCUCUCUGGGGAAGGAGCAGGCACAAUUUUUCGUAUCGAUGAGAAGUCUGGGGAUUUACAUGCUACACAGAGACUGGACAGAGAGGAAAAGGCCUCUUACACACUGCAGGCCCAGGCUUUCAACAAGAUCACGGGCCUCCCUCUGGAGCCUGCCACUGAAUUCAUUGUCAAGAUACAUGACAUCAAUGACAAUGAGCCCAAAUUUACCAAGGCUGUCUACGCUGCCAGUGUACCUGAAAUGUCAGACGUCGGGACUUUUGUAAUAGAAGUCAAUGCCACUGAUGCAGAUGAUGCCACGUAUGGGAACAGUGCCAAACUCGUGUACAGCAUCCUGCAAGGGCAGCCCUACUUCUCUGUGGAGCCCGAGACAGGAAUUGUCAGAAUAGCCCUUUCCAAUAUGGACCGAGAAGUGCGCAAGGAGUAUCAGGUGGUUAUACAAGCCAAAGACAUGGCAGGACAGAUGGGUGGUCUGUCUGGAACCACCAUGGUCAACGUCACCCUUACAGAUGUUAACGACAGCCCGCCACGUUUUGCUUACAGUUCUUACCACCUAAGCACUUAUGAGUCAGCAGAAAUCGGAUCAACUGUGGGUCGAAUCAAAGCCAACGAUGGUGACGAGGGAGAAAAUGCUGAAAUGAAAUACAGAAUUGUAGAUGGAGAUGGCAAAGAAAAUCUCGAUAUAAUAACAGAUGAGGUAACCCAAGAGGGUGUUAUCGUUGUCAAAAAGAAACUGGACUAUGAAAGCAAGCGUGUUUACACAGUGAAAGUGGAGGUGACUAACACACACCAGGACCCCAACUUCACUGAUCUGGGCCCAUUCUUAGACACAGCCAUCAUCAAGGUCACGGCCAAAGAUGUAGAUGAGCCUCCUGUCUUCAGCAGGCCUCAGUAUGUCUUUGAGGUCAACGAGGACACACCAAAAGGAAUAGCAAUUGGAACUAUUACAGCCUGGGACCCUGAUGCCACACAUUACCCAAUCCAAUAUGCAAUAGAUCAACACACAGACCCAGAGAGACUCUACCACAUCGACCCCAAGAAUGGAUCCAUCACAAUUCUUAAGUCUCUUGACAGAGAAGUGUCAAAGUGGCACAACAUCUCAGUCCUGGCCAGUGAAAUAAAUAACCCUCAUCAAAGAAGCCGUGUUCCUGUCUUGAUAAAGGUUUUGGAUGUGAAUGACAAUGCACCAGAAUUUGCCAUGAUUUAUGAGACAUUUGUGUGUGAGAAUGUCAAAGCUGGGCAGCUCAUACAGACUAUCAGUGCCAUCGACACAGACGAUCCUCUUGUGGGUCACAAAUUUGUAUUCAGCUUGAGUUCAGUGAAUCCAAACUUCACCAUCUUUGAUAAUGAAGAUAACACAGCCAGAAUCCUGACCAGAAGAAGUGGAUUUAACAGGCGUGAAAUGAGUGUCUACUAUCUGCCAGUAGUUAUCUCCGACAGCGACUACCCCAUCCAGAGCAGCACCAGCACGUUGACCAUUCGCGUGUGCAGUUGUGACGCCACUGGCAACAUGCGUUCCUGCAGUGUUGACGCGUUGCUGCUCUCUGCUGGCCUCAGCACUGGGGCGCUAGUGGCAAUACUUCUCUGUAUCCUCAUCCUGCUUAUGAUUGUGGUGCUGUUCUCGGCUCUUAAGAAGCAGAGGAGGAAGGAACCGCUGAUCAUCUCCAAAGAGGAUGUCAGGGAUAACGUAGUCAGCUACAACGACGAGGGCGGCGGCGAGGAGGACACGCAGGCUUUUGACAUCGGCACGCUGCGCCACCCGGAGGUGAUCGAAAGCAACAAGCUGCGCCGAGACAUCAUCCCCGAGAUGCUAUUUCCCUAUCACAGACCUUCACCCAUGAAGGAGUGCGCGGAUGUCAGAGACUUCAUUAUUAGCAGACUGCAAGAAAACGACACAGACCCUUUCGCGCCUCCCUAUGACUCUCUCGCCACUUACGCUUAUGAGGGCAAUGGAUCAAUUGCUGAGUCACUGAGCUCUCUGGAGUCCUCUGUGACUGAGGGAGACCAUGAAUAUGAUUACCUCUCUAACUGGGGCCCGCAGUUUAAAAAGCUCGCUGACAUGUACAUCGGGAAGGAUACGGGAGUUGCCAACUAGGCUGCCGUUCAGUGACAUUCAUAUUCUCUGUAUGUACGCUCGGAUCUCACUCUGAGGCAUAACUUGAAAGAAAGAAAAAAGGAUACUUCACAAGUCCUCUUUCUUUGAUUUCUACCAACACAAGCUGAAUUUCACUUUUAUGAUGGAUUUUUUCGUGGACGGUGUUGUGGUAAGGUGAUUUUGUGUUAAUAGGAGAAGUUAUGGUGAUUUUGUUUUUUGUUUAUUAGAAGAAAAAAAAGAAAAACUUGACUGAGAAGCAAAAUGAAUGGAGGAUUUUGUGACUUUAAAUACAUGGACAGUGACAAGACUGCUUCCGUCUUGUAACUGAUUGUAAAGGACUCUUCCCUGUUCCUCUUUCUUGAUGAUGGUGGCGUAUCCUGCAUCACAAAUCACAUUGUGCUACAUUUUUGCUUCCAUUUAUAACAAAAAUAAUUUAUGAGAAAUUAUGUUUCUUAAAAUUAUUCAAAUGCAGGUUUUUUUUGUUGUUGUUGUUGUUGUUGUUGUUUUUUUUUCAUUUGAUGUGUUUAAAUGAAUAGUGCACCCCUAGACAAAAAAUCUCCAAAUUUAUUUCCUUACAACUUUCUUUCUUUGUUGAAACACAAUUUUUGUUUUUAAAUUCAGUUACAGUGAAGCCUUCAAGCCUCAGAAAAUAUGCAAAAACAUUAUAAAAAUGUCUCUAUAGAACUUGUGAACUAUAUUUCAUGUCAUUUGAUUCUUUGUGUGAACAUAAAUUUGAGUCCAUCUUUAAGAAUUUGAAUCAUCUUCACAAAAUUUAAUUUUGAAAGAUUAAUUCACAAAUUAGAUCGAUCCAUUUCCCAAAAUCUACUCACUGGCUCAAUUUAGGAAAGAUUAUUUGUAAAUAAUGUUUAAAAUUUGGUGUAUAUCUCACACAAAGCUAAUGUUUGACUUCAGAAGUCUUAUAAUGUCGCACACAAGUAAUGUAUGGAUUAUUUUAUGGUGCUUUUGCUACCAUUUUUGCAUCUUGAAAGCUUCCGUUCUCAUUCAUGGUGAUUAAAUGGAACAGAGCAAUUAGGAAAGUCUUCAGAAUUGAUGUUCCACAGAAGAAAGUAGGCUAUGUCAUACAUGUUUGGAACGAUGUGAUGGUGAGUAAAGAAUUAGAAUGUUAAUUUUUGGCUGUACUGUCUCUUUAACAGGACUUUCCAUAGAGGGAUUUCUGUUAUAUUGUCUACAUUUAAAUGUGAGUGGAAAAAUGUUUCAUCACAGACUGGGCCUCUCUACACAUCUUGUGAAGUGCUCCCUUGUUGAAACAUAAUUGCAGCAUUAUCAUUACAGCACUGAAAGCUUACAGAGGAACAGGGGAGUAUUUCUACAUCUGUAUGAGAUGUAGUUCAAUUCAACUUCAUUUGCUUGUGUGAAGUUUGCUUAAUUUGCAAAACUGCAGAUUACACUGAAAUCAAACAGGAAUGCUGCAGUACACUGAGCUUGUGUGAAAGA